AUGAAGUUAUCAUCUCUCAUUCUCAAUGACUUUUUGCUUCUAUUCUCGAAUAUCCAGCUCACGGUAGCUCUAGCCUAUACACCAGACCAAGUAGGAUUCAACCUCAAUGAGAAUAAGACUGCGACCAACCCUCUCGACUACUGGGGUCAAUGGCAGGACCAUGAAUAUCACCCCUCUCCGAGCAAUUGGCGAAUGCCAUUCUAUACAGUGUUCCUUGAUAGAUUUGCAAAUGGCGACCCGUCAAAUGAUGAUGCCAACGGGACACAAUGGGAGCAUGAUAUAUUAUCAAAUCAGUUGAGGAACGGAGGCGAUGUUCGUGGUUUGAUGGAUAGUUUUGAUUAUUUGCAAGGGAUGGGAAUCAAGGGACUUUAUAUAGCCGAUUUGACGUUGCUGGACCGUCAUCUGGGCUCAAUUGAUGACUGGCGGUCAAUGAUUGAAGAGGCACAUAGACGGGGGAUGUAUGUUGUCAUGGAAAAUACUAUGGCGACGAUGGGAGACCUUAUAGGCUUUGAAGGUCAUUUGAAUAAUUCAGCACUGUUUAAUUCACACGGCUACAACUAUGUGUGGAAAACUUCACGUCGAUAUCAUGACUUUCAACCUGGCAACGAGUGGCUGGAUGAUUGUGAAUGGGAAUAUCCAAGGUUCUGGGAUGAUUCUGGUCAAGGUGUCAUCGAGACAAACCUGACCAGAGGCUGCCAGAACAGUGAAUUUGAUCAGUAUGGUGAAGUUUCCUCGUUCGGCGAUUAUCCAGAGUGGGAGCGUCAAAUCACGAAAUUCGCUUUUGUCCAAGACCGUCUCCGGGAAUGGCGACCUGACGUGAGGCGAAAGCUAGAGCUCUUCUCUUGCAUCACCAUAGCAAUGCUCGAUGUUGAUGGUUUUCGGAUCGAUAAAGCUUUGCAGGUAACACUUGAUGCUCAAGGAGAUUGGUCGAAUUCCAUACGUCAAUGUGCUCGUCGCUUUAAUAAGCACAACUUCUUCAUCCCGGGAGAAAUAGUUUCUGGGAAUGCCUUUGGCGCUUUGUACAUUGGUAGAGGACAACAGACCAAUCAAACCAUGGAUAACAUGACAGAAAUCAUUACGAUGGCGAACUCUUCCAUUCCUGGUCUUCAUCUGCGGUCCUCGGACAAGGUGGCUUUGGACGCUGCAGCCUUCCACUAUACAGUGUACAGAGCACUCACUAGAUUCUUAGGUAUGGACGGUGUUUACGAGGCUGCAGGCGAUCCUCCCACCAAUUUUGUGGAGCUAUGGGAUACUUUGGUGCAAACGAACGAUAUGACCAACACGAAUACUGGAGAAUUUGACCCUCGACAUCUAUACGGACUCUCAAAUCAGGAUGUUUUCCGGUGGCCGUCCAUUACCAACGGUGUUGAAAGGCAGCUACUCGGGCUGUAUAUAGUCUCAUUGUUAUUCCCAGGGAUACCCGCAUUGGUAUGGGGUGAAGAACAAGCAUUCUAUAUCCUGGACAAUACGAAUUCGAACUACGUUUUCGGUCGUUCGCCCAUGACUUCUUCGUUAGCAUGGCAAUUACAUGGCUGCUAUAAAGUUGGCUCGGUCAAAUACAGCGACUUUCCAACGGACAGUGCCUUACGCGGUUGUAUGGAUGAUAGCGUCAGUCUUGACCACCGUGAUCCCACGCAUCCCGUUCGGGGACUUUUGAAAACAAUGCAUGAAAUACGCCAGAACUAUCCCGUACUCAAUGACGGCUUCUAUCUGCAACAGCUGUCGAAUAUGACCCAUGAUAUCCACCUGCCGGGCAGCAAUGGCACGCGCACUGAGACUGGUUUGUGGAGCAUUCUCCGCUCACGCUUCGCGCCUACCCAGGACUUUACAGGACAGGCACAGGGAAACCAGAGUGUGUGGCUGGUUUAUCACAACGAUGACAUGGCAGUCAAUUAUCAGUUUAAUUGCUCUGACGAGCAACAGGCGUUGGUGUCUCCCUUUGAUUCUGGUACAACGGUAAAGAAUCUGUUGCCCCCUUUCGAAGAAUACACCCUUCAGCCAAGCGUUCAUAAAUUAGGAUUGGACGGUUCUACGGGUUUCAAUGGAUGUCUGUCCAACCUGACACUGCCUGCUUAUAGCUUCAAAGCAUUCGUACCCAAAAGUGCAUUCGUCGCUCCAUCACCGUAUAUCACAAAGUUCGAACCUGGCCAUGAUGCCCGUCUACUCUCAAUUGACACGACAGGCGAGCGGGUACCGAUUAGCUUCAGUUUCUCGGAAGAGAUGGACUGCGAUAGCAUCACGGCUGGGCUUUCUGUUACGUCAACUGCUCUUAAUGGAGAAGCUGCUCGGUUUGAUAACAGCUCAAUAUCUUGCAAUUUACUGCCCGAAAGACAGCAAACUAUUUAUCAGGGUACCUUUGAAGGUGUCUUCAAUUACUCAAUUGAGCUUGAGAAUGUUUUUCAUGGUAUUCAUGAAAUAGUCCUGAAUAAUGUCACCAACAGAGAUCAGAAUCGCACCACCAAUUCUGUGGACCAUUUCAUGAUACGCAUAGGAUCUCAGGAAAACCCUAUGGUAUGGCCUAAUCAAGCGAAUUACAGCAGAAGUCUUCUAUACGCUGAUGACGCAAAUGAUGGCUCCCUUUGGGUCUCUCAUAAGGCAUCAGGUGCCGAUCAAUGGCGGUAUUCCCUAGACUUUGGUUCGUCAUAUACUCCUUGGAUGCCUUAUAUGGGCGCCAACGUCUCAAUUGCUCCAAAGAGUUGGUCAGGAACCAAGUUACAGGCCUGGCAGGGUGAACAUAUAAUAGCUCAGUACUGGAAUAGAGUGGCUGGAAGCAGCAAUCACUACCAACAUGGAGAUCUUGACUGGGACAAUAAGCCACCGCGGCGUUUCCCUCAUCUUUGGAUUCAAGGAGACUUCAAUCAGUUUGGAUAUGAUUCCGGGUACCCGAGUCAAAUGCAUCUUCACAAUUCCAGUGGUCGAUGGGAGUAUAACCUGAUGACUGAAUGGCCAACUCAACUAUCACUGAAUGCUUGGGGUGUAAAUGAAGAUGGACAUCCUGAUAUCACUCAAGUCUAUGGUGAUAUUGAUGGAGAUAUGAUUUUGGAUAGAAUUCCUCCAAUUACAUUGAUGAACAACGUCAUCAAUGUCACUGAGCCUCCUUCAUGGCCAUUUUUGUCUUGGAAACUAUCGCUCGACGACGGCAACCUCAAGAUAGACCUCUCUCCUCAUGGGUCGCAAAAGACACAAAUUGCUAUAUUUGUUCUUCUUGGGAUUUGUCCAGUGGUAACGGCCGUUCUGGCAGUUUGGAUAUACUUCAAAGUAUUUUACCAAGUCAAACGCAUCGUUUUUGGAGUUACGCAGCGGAAUUUCCGCUCACAUGCUCAACAAUUGACAGAUGAUAGUGCAACUGACGUUUCAUCAAGCAUAGAUGACAAUGGAUCCAACUUUGUGAAUAUGCUGAGAAGAAAUAUCAAUCGAUCACCUUCACCCCGACCUUCAGCUCACAACCAAGCCUUGAAUGCGGAUGCCGGUGACUCACGUAGAACCGUUCUCAUUGCAACAAUGGAAUACGAUAUCGAGGACUGGGCCAUCAAGAUUAAGAUAGGUGGUCUUGGUGUCAUGGCUCAGCUGAUGGGCGCAAAUCUCGGCCAUCAAAACCUCAUCUGGGUGGUUCCCUGCGUCGGGGGUGUUGAUUAUCCUGUGGAUGAAGUAGCGGAGCCCAUGAAGAUUAAGGUCUUGGAUCAGUCAUUCCUGGUGCACGUCCAGUAUCACCAUCUCCGGAAUAUCACAUAUGUCCUACUAGACGCCCCAAUUUUUAGGGCUCAGUCCAAGUCCGAGCCUUAUCCAGCUCGCAUGGACGAUCUGGAUUCCGCCAUUUAUUACUCCGCGUGGAACUCCUGCAUUGCGGAGACUCUACAGCGAUUUCCAGUGGACCUUUACCAUAUAAAUGAUUACCAUGGUGCAGUUGCGCAACUCCACCUACUCCCCAGAACAAUUCCUUGCUGCUUGUCUCUCCAUAAUGCAGAAUUCCAAGGCCUUUGGCCGAUGAGGACUUCCCAAGAAUGUGAAGAGAUCUCACAAAUCUUUAAUUUAGAUCCUGUUGUUGUCAAAAAAUAUGUGCAGUUCGGCGACGUCUUCAACCUUCUGCAUGCAGCAGCUACUUAUUUACAGAUUCACCAAAAUGGCUUUGGGGCCGUUGGGGUGUCGAGAAAAUAUGGGAAAAGGUCCUGGGCCAGGUAUCCUAUAUUCUGGGGUCUAAGAGAGAUAGGUUCUUUGCCCAACCCAGAUCCUUCAGAUACAGCAGAAUAUAAUCAGGAUUCCCAAGCAACAGACGCGGAGGUUGAUCCAGCGUUUGAAGCAAUGCGUUCAGACAUGAAAAGCGAGGCCCAAAAAUGGGCAGGCCUGGAGCAAAACCCUAACGCCGAGCUUUUCGUUUUCGUUGGAAGAUGGUCCAUGCAGAAAGGAAUCGAUCUCAUUGCCGACGUCUUCCCUUCCAUUAUGGAAAAUUCUCCUACAACACAACUCAUUUGUGUUGGACCUGUGAUCGACUUGUAUGGUCGAUUUGCGGCUAUCAAGUUGAGCAAGAUGAUGGACAUGUAUCCCGGGAGGGUCUUUUCCAAGCCGCAAUUUACUGCUCUACCGCCGUACAUUUUCAGUGGUGCUGACUUUGCAUUGAUACCUUCACGAGACGAGCCGUUCGGACUUGUGGCUGUGGAAUUCGGUAGGAAAGGCACCCUUGGGGUUGGGUCAAGAGUUGGUGGUUUAGGGCAAAUGCCAGGGUGGUGGUACACCAUUGAAUCAAUGACAUCGAAACACCUCAAUCGCCAGUUCAAACAAGCUAUAUACGAAGCAUUGAACUCAAAUACAUCAGAUCGAGCCAUCAUGCGUGCUUGGUCAAGGAGGCAGCGGUUUCCAGUGGCACACUGGAUCGAAAAUCUAGAGACUCUGUACGUAAGCUCAAUUGCCAAACACCGCAAGCACUCGAAGCAAGAGAAUCCUUCCAGGACAAACUCCAUGGUACGAAUGAGUUUCUCGACGAUUAGCAGAUCCAGUAUGCAGACACCUGUUCAACCGAUGGAAUUUUUAAGACAAAUCGGUCAUUACAGAGGGUCUGCUUCACAAAGACCAGAACCUCACAGGAGGGCAACCUCGCAGGCCAUCAGUUUAUUUAGUAUUGAGCAUGGAAACUCGUCAACUGAGGAGAGCAGUUCUCAGUCGGCAGAUGGUCAUGCAAGCAUUGAUCAGCAAUGGCCUCUACAAGUGCCACGUUCCAUGACAUACCCAUCUUCCGAAACCUCAGAAAUACCCCCUACUACACGAAAAGGUGGAAAUGAGUCAUCCCGAAACAGUACAGCACCCAGCAUAGAAGGAAAUGGUUUCCAAAGCACCUCAGUCUUCGACCAGAUCAGUGCAGUGCCCGAAGAUGCCAUGAGUAGCGGUCAUCUUUCAUUGCGUGAUCAAAACCGGAAUUCUUCAAAUCUGAGUCUACUGAGCGUCGAUAACAUCAUUCGCGAGGACCGAACAUUCAACUUACAAAAAGUGAAUCCAUUCUUCACCGAUUCCUCGGGGAGAUAUGCCCAGAGAUUCGAAAAGCGGCUUAAACAUCUCAAUUUCAAGAAUUCUGAAGAUCAGCUUUGCAUUGAGCAGUUUCUGUCAAAGAGUGAAAAGGAAUGGUUUAAGAUGUAUCGUGAUAUCAAACUCGGUCGAAGCCCCAGUCCCAGUCGUGCAGCAACGCCUGUAUUGUCGACAAUUGCUCAUAUCACGUCAUCAGACGAGAGGACUGGUGGUGGUAUCCCGACUGACACGGAGAAACCCUUAGAAGGGGCCAAUAUAUCGGAGGAAGAGCUCAAACUUCCAGAGGGAUAUGUUCCGCCUUCUGGGUUGAAAAGGUUUAUGCUAUGUCGAAUUGGUGAUUGGCCAAUUUAUUCGAUACUCCUCUCCUUCGGCCAAAUCAUAGCAGCGAACUCGUAUCAAAUUACACUUCUCAAUGGGGAAGUCGGAGAGCCGGCCGAGAAAUUAUACCUGAUUGCUACUAUCUAUCUUAUUUUCUCAAUCGUGUGGUGGAUAGUGUUUCGCUCAUUUCGGUCAAUCUUUGUCUUGUCUGUGCCAUUUUUGCUCUAUGGACUCGCAUUUGCAUUCAUUGGUAUUUCGCCAUUCGUGACUGUCUCAACCAGUCGUUGGUGGAUCCAAAAUGUAGCCACGGGCCUUUAUUCAGCAGCUUCUUCUAGCGGAUCCAUAUAUUUUGCACUCAAUUUUGGAGAUGAAGGCAACACUUCUGUCGGAUCAUGGGUAUACCGAGCCUGUAUCAUUCAGGGAACACAACAGAUCUAUGUCUCUUUCCUUUGGUAUUGGGGCAGUAGACUAGCUGCUGAGUCUCAAGCAGGGGUCACAAGAAAUAGUUUGGCCGAUUCUCAUCCAAUAUUACUUACUGGCGUUGGAUUGGGAAUCGCAUUCAUAAUGUGGAUAGUGGGCACAGUCAUAUUCUUAGGGUUACCCGAUUACUAUGCCCAGUCUCCUGGCAAAGUCCCGGCGUUUUACAAAUCACUUCCACGGCGGAAGAUCGUUCUGUGGUUCUUCUACGCAGUCUUCAUCCAAAACUACUGGCUCUCAGCCCCCUAUGGCCGCAACUGGCUCUACCUCUGGUCCAGCCAACACGCACACUCCUGGAUGAUCACAGUAAUGGUCGUUAUCUUCUUCAUCGGUAUCUGGGCCAUUGUGUUGUGGAUAUUGGGUAUCCUCUCAAAACGUCAUGCAUGGUUUGUGCCUAUAUUUGCUAUUGGACUUGGUGCACCGAGAUGGUGUCAAAUGCUUUGGUCGACUUCGAAUAUUGGGACGUAUGUCCCCUGGGCUGGGAGCGCAGUAGCUAGUACGCUUGUUGGAAGGGGGUUGUGGUUAUGGCUUGGUGUGCUGGAUGCGUUGCAGGGCGUUGGAUUCGGCAUGAUCCUCCUCAACACACUAACCCGCCUCCACAUCGCAUUCACUCUCCUGGCAGCCCAAGUCAUAGGGUCCAUAGGCACAAUUCUUGCUCGCGCCACUGCACCCGACAGCACGGGUCCAGGCGACGUCUUCCCCGACUUUUCGGCUGGUGUUCACGACGCCCUCUCCAAGGGAGACUUCUGGGUUUGCCUGUUGUUUUUGUUAUCCAUCAAUGUGCUCUGCUUCUUGUUCUUCCGGAAGGAGCAGUUGCAGAAGCCGUGA